GCGGAUGAUGCAUUCGUGAUUGAAUGUCAAUUCAAUUGAGCAUGAAACAUUGAGCUUGAGAUAAAUGGACAUGCAUUAAUGGAACAGAAGUGAUUCCACGAAUAGGGAGAAGAGAGCAGAACUUGCCAUCUCAAGAGAUAUGGACGGGACAACUUGCUAUUCCUGAGUAAAUCGUGACAUCAUUGGUCCUCUCCCCAUUCAAGCUCCCACCCCUCCUCCCCGCAAUCGAGGAAUCAACCAUUUUAAUUCUGUCACCUUCUGUAAUCACAUUAUCGACAAUUUUCUUUCUCACUUGCUGCAGAACAAGCCCUGCGCACCCCCAGCAAUCGCCAUUCUAAUUCAUCCAUCAUGACGACUAUGCCCGCAUCUCACGGCCACAACGAGGCCUGCUGCAACAUACCUCCUGUUGUCUCUAAGGGAUAUGAGGCAAAGGGAACUUAUAAGGAGAUCGGAGGCUAUAAGACUUAUGUUACUGGUCCCGUCGACGCUAAGAAGGCCAUUGUCGUGAUCUACGACAUCUUUGGAUACUUCGAUCAGACUCUUCAGGGAGCUGACAUCCUCGCCUUCAGUGAUGCUCACCAGAAGUACAAGGUCUUCAUCCCUGACUGGUUCAAGGGCAGCCCCUGCCCCAUUGAGAUCUACCCUCCCGACAACGACGACAAGAAGAAGCAGCUUGGAGACUUCUUCGGCACCUAUCCUCCCCCCAAGGUUGCCAGCCAGGUUCCUGACUAUGUAAAGGCUGUCAAGGACCAGGACUCUUCCAUCGAGAAGUUCGGAAUCAUCGGAUAUUGCUGGGGUGGCAAGGUCGUUGCUCUCAGCGUCAAGGCAGACUCUAACCCCUUCUCCAUUGCCGCCCAGAUCCACCCCGCCAUGGUAGACGCUUCUGAUGCUGAGGGCCUUUCGGUCCCUACCAUGCUUCUCGCAUCCAAGGAGGAGCCCGAUGAGGAGGUCAAGAAGUUUGAGGACAACCUCAAAGUGGCCAAGCACGUAGAGACCUUCAAGGACCAGAUCCACGGCUGGAUGGCCGCUCGUGCCGAUCUCAGUGACAACCGCGUCAAGGAGGAGUAUGAAAGGGGUUACAAGACAGUCCUUGAGUUCUUCGGUAAGAACUUCUAAAGACGGAAAUGUGAUGUCUAUCUAUCGAGAGAUGCGAUGUAACUAGCCUAUGAGAAAUGAUCAAAGAAAUUAAGAAACUCUGUUGUCAGACAAUUGCGCUUGCAUUCCUCAUUAUUCAUAAACCGUUCUAUAAUCAUGAUUUGGAUGCCUCUUCCCCAAAUGCCAAUACUUCCUCCAUAUCAAGGCAUUGAAACUCUCCGAGCUCGACCCUCUCCCCAUUAUCACCGUUUCUUACAGCUGUGGAGAUCAUGUACUCCUCGAGUAGCGGCAUCAGUCUCACGUCCACGCCUUCAACCUUCUUGCCUCUCAGUCGAACCUCUUGGGCUUCCUCCAUGUCUUCUGGCGGGGCAAAGUUGUGCAUCUCGAGGUCCUUCAGCCAGCUUGCCAGAAGAGCAUCCCCCGUCAUCUUGACAUAGGCUUCACGGAGACACCAUAGUGCAUAAAAGUAGCGCAAUGCACGAUCUCGUUCUUGAACGGCAGGAACAGGGUUCAUGCUCUUAAGCGCUGAGACUUCUCCCGCUCCAAAGACAUCGGCAUGAAUGUCGACGAAACUAGCCCACCCAUCUUGUUCCAAACUACUCAGAUCUCGAUCUCGCCGUUCUGAUGGACAGACAACAUCAACUCCCACGGCAAGGCCCUUUGGCGGAUCAUGAACGGCCA